CAAUGCACGAAAGUAAAAGGAGCUAUCUACGAGGGAGGUUUUGGAUCUGGAGCACCGUCGGUCUCUCAUUACUCAGCCUCACUCUUCUGAUUGCACUGAUUGCAGUAGGUGAGAAAUGGCGGGAACUGGAGGAAAACCAGCAGCAACUAAUUCACAGGUCCCGUAGGUCCUCGGCGGAAACCGAAGUUGGUAAAAGGACGAAACGCACCACCCACUGGAAUGUGCCGCAUUGGCGGUCUUAUUGGAAUUACAGAAACUAUUGGAAUAUUCUUCCGAAAUAUGAACUUUCAACCCCCUCCAUUUUCGAUUCUCUGACCAAUGAGGAGAUGUUAAAAAUCCAGCGGUUCAUGCAACAGCAACCAGAGCUGAAUCUAAAACCGGUGUCUGAAGCCUCCAUGUCUGAUAAUUAUAUCUUCCUCAUGGAAGCCGUACUCCCGCCAAAAUCCGAAGUAUUGGAUCACCUCGAUAGAGGGCAGCCUAUGCCAGCGCGCCGUGCGCGUGUCACGUGCUUCAUGGGAGCAAAGAAUCCUCCGGUCGUUGAAGAGUUCUUAGUUUCUCCGUUACCGAGAGUGGCGCGAUAUGAACGGGUUGGCAGUAAAAUAUCGUUCCACGCUAGACCAAUUGACGGUUUUGAAUCCAAUGGAAUGGAUGAAUACAUCUUCAAACCUAUCACAGAAAAGAUGUUUCCAAUUUUAAAGAAAUACUACGGCUACUGGUACCACAACUGCACCAAUCGGUGUAUUUAUUUUGACACGAGCGCACGAGGUCUUAGAGCAGGAGAUCGUCAGGUCCACGCGUCGGCUUACCGAUACGGAAUUGACGGCUACUACAUUUGGCCACUUCCUUUGCAGAUUGUCGUGAAUACAAACGGCAAUAACCCUGCAGCUUACAGCGUAACCAGAUUGUACUUUGAACAUCAAUCGUACAGCAACGUCGACGAAAUACUGGAUGCGUACAACAGUGGUCAACUGAAGGUAACCAAACUCCCACCUCCACCAACUGGACCGACGUACGGCUCUCCUGAGAAACGACGCUUGCAUUACGACGGCAAUUAUCGUAGAAGAAAACGCAUCCCGAAACAGUUUGAACCAGACGGUAAACGGUACACUGUUGACGGACACCGUGUUAAAUAUCUGGAUUGGGAGUUCAACGUUCGCUUUCGUGCCUUGACGGGAAUACAGAUAAUGGACGUGAGAUUCCGAGGUGAGAGAAUCGCCUAUGAAAUUGGUAUUGGGGAAAUAGCUGUCUAUUAUUCAGGAAGGGAACCCACAGGAAUUUUAGCAAAUUUCCUAGACUCGGGAUUCGUGCUCGGUCGACUGCAUUUCCCACUUCUAAAAGGGUAUGACUGUCCCAACAACGCCAUGUACUUCGACAACACCUUUUACAACCCAUCAGGCGGCCGUCCCCACACCCAUAGGUCCGCUGUCUGUCUGUUUGAACACAACACUGGUAUACCAGUCCGUCGACACUAUUUGAGAGACUAUACCGGCCCAGAUAUUUCGAGUUUCAAUUACCAAUUUAGCCUACCGGGCACCGUACUCAUUCUUCGAGGGAUUAUUACACUUUUCAAUUAUGAUUAUGUACUCGAUUACGUGUUUCAUCCUAAUGGCGUCAUUGAGACCAAGGUUUCUUCAACAGGGUACGUAUUCAGCAUCACCAAUCCUAAAGGGGAAAGUUCACCAUACGGGUACAACAUAAACACCGAGAACGGUAUACUGGCACCACUUCACCAUCACAUGUUCAACUUCAAGGUCGAUCUUGAUAUAGGCGGUAUACGAAAUCGGUUCGAGACUUGGGAUCUGAAACUGGAGAACCUCCCCAACCCUCUAGCCCCAGGCGACAGUUGGAUACAGAAGAGACUUGAACGAAAUCUACGCAGAAACGAGCAAGAUGCCCUGAUCAAGUAUAACUUUGACGAACCGAAAUAUUACGUGAUGUACAACGCUGGGGCUAAUAACUCAUUGGGUUAUCCACGUGGAUACCGGAUUUAUUCCAACGGAUUCUCUAAGAAAAUACUACCGGAUGGAUGGUCGUUUGAAAACGGAAUCUCUUGGGCUCGGCAACAGGUGGCAGUAUUGAAGCAGAAGGACAGCGAAGACACAACAGCCAGUCUAUUCAACCAAGCCGAUCCCUACAAUCCCACCAGAAACUUUGCUGAUUUUCACGGAGACAACGAGAGCAUAGUCGACCAGGACUUGGUAGCUUGGGUUACCGUAGGUAUACACCACAUCCCUGUGGCUGAAGACAUCCCCGUGACGACAACCCCAGGAAAGGAGCUCUCAAUCUUUUUAACCCCACUGAAUUAUUAUGACGAAGACCCUUCGAUGACGUCAUGUGACGCAACUGUUGUGCGACCUUGAGAGGCAAGACCUGACGUUGCUC